AUGACCUUCCCUCCCCAACUGAUGACCAAUCACUUUGAAACCCUCCUGGUGAGCCUGUACUCGGUCCAGCGGCUGCCUGUGAUUGGCCACGCCGUGUCCGUCCUGCUGUUGGCAGCUGAGCAGGAGAGCGCCAGGAAACUCCGGUUGGAGACCCUGGAGUGUCUGAUGGUGCUGGCUGGCUGUCACUCCGAUCCUCCUGACCUUGAAUCAGAGCGACCUGACCUUGACCCCAGUCUGCAGAGACAGAUGGCCGACAGCUUUGCCUCCUUCUUACCUGGGAUCACGAUGACCCUCUCUAGGGUCAUCAUGGGAGAUGCCAAACAGGGGCAUGCUGUGACUGUGGCUGCAACUGAAGCAUGGUCCAGAAUUGUUGCCAUGGUGAUGAGUGACAGCUCACUGGAUGGCAACCAAUCACAACAGAGCAUGAAGUCACAUGAUGCUGAUGUCAGUGAGAGGCUGAGGUCACUCCAGGUCAAGAGGACAGAAGAAUGGUGCAGCAGCACUGCGGAGAAACUCAAGGUGCUGGUACAGAGGAUAGCAGGCGUGGUGACACACCCCAACUGGAGAGUCAGGCUGGCACUGGUGCAGUUUGCAGAGAGACUUCUCAUGAACUGCACUAAGAGCCUUGAGUGCUGCACCUCGCCCCUGCUACAGGUGUUAGUGAGCCAGGUGGGGGAUGACUAUCCACAGGUGGCAGACAGGUGCAGGCAGGUGCUGGGCAGGUACUCCGAGGCCCACCUGGGCUCCCGACCACUGGUGGAGAUACUGGAGGAGAAUCUCCACUCUCUCGCCACGUCUCUGCCCAGGCUGAUGAGGACAGCUGAUGAUGGUAAGAAGCUGUCGACCUUGACCCUGACCCAUGGUUACCUGAGACUGCUGGGCCCGAGGAUGACAUCACUGCUGAACUCCGCACCUCACCUGAGGAGACUGUCGCUGGCCCUGGUGCAAGUCCUGGAGCUGGACGUUACCGAUGUGAACAUAGUGGGGGAACGGACAGCCGGGGCAGCAAAGGUAUGCUGA